CCUCUGGAACUUGGAGGGGGGCCAUGUUGUUAGUGUAGCUAGUUACCCAGCAAUGGUGUUUUGUUAAUACAGCUCACCAGACGGCAUUUGUAUGUUUCACUCGGUUAACAAGGUUUGCUUACUGUUCAACGGAGUGUGCACAACGGAGAGUUAUGCCUUCAUUGUAUGCAGUUACUAAAAUACACUAGUAAUUUUACAGCGCUGAUUUUAUCGAACUGAAAAGGCUUCCUCGUGGAAUGAGCAUUCCAUGCAGCAUCCUAGGUAUGAAUGACGUGGCCUGGCAGGAGACACGAGGUGGGAUGCUGCACACAAACGGUGCCCCUGAAGUUGGGGUCGUCAGAGUUCAUGGAGGGGGUUCCCUGGCAGCCAUAGGGGGAGCAGGGCAGGGUCCUGGAGGUCCACACCCUCUGCAGGGCAUGGAUAGGGGCCCCAACCCCACCCCAGGCACCCCACAGCCUCCACUGAGUGGGCGCUCUCAGGACGAUGCCACAGUUGGCUACUUCUUCCAGAGGCAACCUGGUGAGCAGUUGGGAGGUUGCACCCCUAGCAAGCACCGUUGGCCUACAGGAGAUGGGAACCAUAUUGACCAGGUUCGCACUGUGGAUGAGAUGAACUAUGGUUUUCAAGCCCUUGCUUUGGAGUCCAGGGGCAUGGGUGAGAUGCUGCCAGCAAAGAAACUUUGGGAUUCGGAUGAAUUGGCCAAGGAUGGAAGGAAAGGGAUGCUCCUUGGAGAGGAGUGGAGGGUGAAUGCCUGGGGAUCUUCUCAUCACUCAGUGUCCCAGCCUAUCAUGGUGCAGCGGCGACCCGGACAGGGUUUCCAUGGGAAUGGAGAUGCCAGCUCCGUGCUGUCCCCUCGCUCUGAGGGCGGAGGCCUGGGAGUGAGCAUGGUGGAGUACGUCCUGAGCUCCUCCCCCGGGGACAAGAUGGAUGGCCGCUACAGGAACGGUGGCUAUGGCGGAGUGGACGUUGACACGGACAGGAGGGAGAAGGGCGACGCGCAAGACAAGACGUCUCCUUUCGAAGAGGACAAGAGCCCUGAAAUGAAAGUGGGAGAGGAGAAUGACGCCAAUGGGAGAGGCCUGCUCAACGGCAUGGACAGAGACUGCAAAGACUUCAACCUCACCCCAGGAAGUCGCCAGGCCUCCCCGAUUGAGGCGGUGGAGAGGAUGGGUCCCGGCCAGGCCGGGCUGGAGAUGAUGACUCAGCACCAACACCACGCACAGCACCAUGCCAUGCAGCCCCAGAAUCCAGCCCAGAACAAGCCCCAGCAGCAGGAGGACUUCCAGAGCCAGGAGACUCAGAACAUAGGCAGCAUGGAGCAGCAGCAGGGCGUGGAGUCCCUCCAGUUCGACUAUGCUGGCAACCAGAUCCAGGUGGACUCCUCAGGCACCCCCGUCGGCCUGUUUGACUACAACUCCCAGCAGCAGUUGUUCCAGCGGUCCAACCAUCUGACUGUCCAGCAGCUCACUGCUGCCCAGCAGCAACAGUAUGCCCUGGCUGCUGCCCAGCAACAACACCUUGCCGGCCUUGCUCCCGCGUUCGUGCCUAACCCAUACAUCAUCAACGCUGGACCCCCCGGAGCCGACCCCUACACCGCUGCAGGACUUGCCGCAGCAGCUACACUUGCCGGGCCUACAGUGGUUCCCCCCCAGUACUAUGGUGUUCCUUGGGGCGUGUACCCUGCCAACCUCUUCCAGCAACAGGCGGCAGCUGCGGCUGCCAGUCACAAUGCUAACCAGCAGGCAUCCAAUCAGGGACCAGGGCCGGGACAGCAACAAGUGAUGCGUGCCGGGAACAACCAACGCCCCCUCACCCCUGGUCAGGGCCAGCAAAGCCAGCAGGACUCCCUGGCAGCAGCCGCCGCCAACCCGGCCCUCGCUUAUGCUGGUAUGCCAGUGUGUCUGUCUCCUGCCCACCCAGGUUACCAGAUGCUAGCCCCCGCCGCCUACUACGAUCAGAAUGGAACCCUGGUGAUGGCCUCCGGAGCCCGUGGCGGUCUGGGAGGGCCUGUCCGCCUGGUCCAAACCCCGCUUCUCAUCAACCCACAGGCCGCAGCGCAGGCUGCCGCUGCGGCGUCAGCGUCCGGCUCGGGCAACAACAUGUCGGGCCCACAGCCCAACGGCCUGUACCGCUCCAUGCCGCAACAGCAGCCCCCGCCCCAGAACCAGGGCCUGCCCUCCAGCUCCUUCUAUGGCACUGCGUCGGUGCCGGCCAGCUCCCAGAGCAGCUCCCUGUUCUCCCACACAUCCCAGGCCCCGCAGCCCACCUCCUCCCUGGGCUUUAGUGGCACUGGCGGCUCUCUGGGCGUGGGCCUGGGCUCGGCGCUCGGAGGCUUCGGAUCCUCAGUGUCGAGCUCUGCCAGCAGCAGCGUCUCUCGCCGGGACUCCCUGCUGGCAAGCUCUGACCUGUACAAGCGUGGCGGCAGCAGCCUCACCCCCAUUGGCCAGCCCUUCUACAACAGCCUAGGCUAUUCCUCCUCGCCCAGUCCCAUUGGUCUAACUCCGGGCCACUCCCCCCUCACACCACCACCCUCUCUGCCAUCCUCUCACGGCUCCUCCUCCAGCCUUCACCUGGGCGGCCUGACGAACGGCAGUGGGCGCUACAUCUCGGCAGCGCCGGGUGCGGAGGCAAAGUAUCGCAGCGCAGGAGCCACCUCCAGCCUGUUCAGCUCCAGCAGCCAGCUGUUCCCGCCGUCGCGGCCCCGCUACAGCCGAUCGGACGUCAUGCCCAGCGGGCGAAGCCGCCUGCUGGAGGACUUCCGCAACAACCGCUUCCCCAACCUGCAGCUGCGUGACUUGCCCGGCCACAUGGUGGAGUUCUCCCAGGACCAGCACGGCUCCAGGUUCAUCCAGCAGAAGCUGGAGAGGGCCACCCCCGCCGAGAGGCAGAUGGUGUUUGGGGAGAUCCUGCAGGCGGCCUAUCAGCUGAUGACCGACGUGUUUGGCAACUACGUCAUCCAGAAGUUCUUUGAGUUUGGCAGUGCAGAUCAGAAGCUGGCUCUGGCCACCCGAAUCCGCGGCCACGUGCUGCCCCUGGCCUUGCAGAUGUACGGCUGCCGAGUGAUCCAGAAGGCCCUGGAGUCCAUAUCCUCCGACCAGCAGGUAAUUAGUGACAUCGUGCGGGAGCUAGACGGCCACGUGCUAAAGUGUGUGAAAGAUCAGAACGGAAACCAUGUGGUGCAGAAGUGUAUCGAGUGUGUUCAGCCCCAGGCCCUGCAGUUCAUCAUUGAUGCCUUCCAGGGCCAGGUGUUUGUGCUGUCCACCCACCCUUACGGCUGCAGGGUGAUCCAGCGGAUCCUGGAGCACUGCACCCAGGAGCAGACCCUGCCCAUCCUGGAGGAGCUGCACCAGCACUCUGAGCAGCUUGGCCAGAAAUAUCAAGGCGUUUCAUUGGAGAUGACACCCAAAACAUACUAUACAGUGUCCAGCGAUGCACUGUUCAAGGAUCAGUACGGCAACUACGUCAUCCAGCACGUCCUGGAGCACGGCAGACCCGAAGACAAGAGCAAGAUUGUGGCAGAGGUCCGCGGGAAGGUGCUCCUCCUGAGCCAGCACAAAUUUGCGAGUAACGUGGUAGAGAAGUGUGUGAUCCACUCAUCCCGUGCCGAGCGGGCCCUGCUGAUUGACGAGGUGUGCUGCCAGAAGGACGGCCCCCACAGCGCUCUCUACACAAUGAUGAAAGAUCAGUACGCCAACUACGUGGUGCAGAGGAUGAUCGACAUGGCCGAGCCCGCCCAGCGCAAAAUCAUCAUGCACAAGAUCCGACCCCACAUCGCCACCCUGCGCAAAUAUACCUAUGGCAAGCACAUCCUGGCCAAGCUGGAGAAGUACUACAUGAAGAGUGGCUCUGACCUGGGGCCCAUUGGCGGGCCCACCAACGGCCUCAUGUAGACCUAUCCUCCCUCUCGUGUCCCUUGACUAAAGAGCACAGUAGGAGCCCACCCACCCCCUUUUUUCUAGUUCUUUAAAGAGGCGCUCCAUCAGGGCUGACCUUUGACAUACCCUUUGUGUCCCCCAUUUUGGGGGAAUUACCACUCAAAAUUAUUCAACUUCACCUAAGAAAUGUUGUGACAUCUGACCCUGACACUCUAAUGCCAUCCUCGGAGCUGGUCCCCUACGUGGCCGGUGGGGGGGAGGGGGGGUGCAGACUGUCUUGCAGGCAAUCUCUUGCGGGUAAAGCACAACCCGCCCCCAUUGUUUAUGAUGUAAUAGAUAUAACUGGCUGGUUUUUGGUAUAUAAUCUUGUACAUUUUUGUUUUUUUACUUUGUAAAUCCCUUUGUAGGGAAAAAGGAGAACCGCAUUUGCUGAAAAUGUACAAUUCUUACAAUUACACCAGCAAGUGACUUUAUAAGGCCAAAUUUGAGUGAUCCUUUUAAACAAUUUUCCAUUUGUUUUUGUACCCAGACUUACUAUCAGCUGUUCUAAUUAAAAGCCUAGGUGUCUUUCUACUACCACACAAUGAUCCCAAUGCAAAAACAGCUGAUGGAUCCAUUUCUACUUAUAGCACUGCAUAGUAUGAAUAGAUUCUGAAACCGAUCUUUCCCAUCGGUUGCUAUGUGUUUCGUGCCAAUGAGUUAGUCACCCAUUGGUCUGUAUUGGACCAACUAAAGUACUUUGCUUUGGAGAGCUCUGUGCUUACAUUUUUGGGGGUGUGUCAUCCAGUUGGCUGCUCGUGAUUGUCUCGAUUUUGUUGCGUCUGUUUUUUCGCAGACCGGGGUGUAAGGCCUACUCUCCGUCUCACGCUGUUGAUGAACAGCUUGCUGUUGGCUUGAUUUGAUUAGUUGGCUCCAGUUGAUGACUGGCAUCGUUACUAAACGGUGUACUUUGAGAAAUGAAAACAUGCACUGUUGCAUCCAUAGGCAGUGAUUCCACUAUACUCCACCUAUACCGUCUUAAGCAAAAAAAAUGUUUUGCCGCCCACUCAAUGUCUACUUGGGGGCUACACCGGACACGGCUACGUAAGACGUUUAUUCUUUUUCAGAAGCAAAGCAUGAGGUCGGGUUGUAUAGUGAAAGUUUAACCUGGUUGUAAUAUUUACAUGAAAUGACCGUAGCGGGGCUUUGGGGGGGGUGGUUAUGGGUGGGAGCAGGUUAAGCAUAGGCAUGCUUUGACAGGUUUUUAUAACUUGGAAUGAUUUUUCUUUAUCAUGUUAUGUGGGACAUCUUGUAGUUUGAGAUGAACACUGCCCUAGAAAAGGUAUCUUUAUGUACUGAAUAUUCAUCUCUUGCAUAGAAGUAGCCUAGCAAAAAUGUAUAGCAUCUUUAUGUAUGAGUAAAUAUUAAAUUGUUGCUUUUUUUGGUAGGGGGCUUUGGCCUAAUGAUGGCACCCUCACCACCUGCAGUUCAGAGCAGUAGGAUGACUUUAUUAUUAUUAUUAUUAAGUGGCUCAUUCCAGGUGUGUAAAGUUGAGAAUAGAUUUGGGGAUGAGCUGAGAAAAGGAUCCUUGUUUAUAGGAUUGUGAGACCGUCAUAGAGGUGGUUUUAAUUUCGUUCUUCUUUUUUGUUUUUUGCGGUCUGAAUAUGCAAGCGAUUUGGGUAUUGGGGCCGUCUAAAAAGCUAUACAACUCAUCUGUAAUACUAGUAGUAUUGGCUUUUGUUUUUCGCUUCAUAUGAAUAAUUGUAGAAUACAUGUAGUAUAUGUGCAGUUAAUAAGUGUAAGUUUUAGUUGACAAAAAAAAUUAUAGUUGUGAUGUUUGACAGGCCUUGCUAAAUUGGUAGUGAUGCUUUUAUUUCGUCUGUACAGUUGUACAUUUGUAAACGUUGAUGCUGUAAAUGGGAUGUCUUUUACACUUUGGGGGGGAAAAAAUUGCAAAAAUGUGCAUUUUGAUGUGUGUAUAUUCAUCACUCCUUUCCCCUAAAAUAUAAUGUAUACAGUUUUAUUUGAUCAAGCGUUAUUUUAAAACUAUUUUUAUGGCUUCACAAUCUGACUUGUUUUUUGUUUUUAAUCUGUUAUGAAAAAGGUUGGCCUUGUUUUGUAUGCGGAGCUGUAUAACAUCUCCUGUUGAUAUUGUCUUUCUGACAUGUGACAGUUUAAAAGGAACACCAAUGCUCUGUACUUAAAAUGAGGCUGCUUCCGGUCCUCUCUGCUACCAUGGAAAACUUCACAGGAUAUGACAGAAUUAUUUUUGUACAGAAGAGGGCUGUAUUUUGGAACAGCUACUACCUUGUAAGUGAAAGAAAUGUAAGAUAUUGUCAAUUAUAUAAAUAUGAACAUAUGAGUUUUGUCACACUGUCAAAGUCAUGUACAUUUUCAGGUGGCCUUAUGUACAUUUCCAGAUGUUAGAUGAAGAAAAAAAAUACUCAUUUUUUGGGGGGAAGCAGAAUUGUGACUAUGUAUGAUUAAACCGUUCUAACAUUUGAUAA